CAGAAUUUCUCAACAUACUGCUCUCGAGCGACUACCUGCAGCAAGACUCCUACACUGGUCGCACAAACAACAAGAAUCUGUUCGACUCUUCAAUGGCUGCCACGCAGACAGUCAAGAAGCCUCCGAUCACUCUGGCACACAAACUGCAGAUGCUGUCCUCGUUUCUGCUGAUGAUUCAUUCAUGUGGAGGCCGUUCCAAUGACUGCAAGCUCCUCUACCCUGACAAAAUACCUAAUCGCUGUUCAAGGAAAGCCUGCACCUUGUGCCCUCUAGGAUAUGGUGUCACUCACUUCUGCAACCAUACCACACCAACUCAAUGCCAGCCAUGUCUAGCAGGACUAGACUACUCAGACACAAAUAGUCCUUAUGAUUUGUGUAAACCUGUGUCAGUCUGUGUAGAGAAUGCAGUUGUAAGAGAACCUGCUACAGCCACAAAGGACGUGGUUUGCAAGUGCCGUGAUGGAUAUACACUUUACUAUCCAGGAAUUUGCUCUAGACCACUUCUUCCAAUCACUGCAGCUGGACAUGCAACUUCAACUCGAGAAAAAACUUCUAUACAAACUAUGUCGCCUGAUAUUACAAGUGGACUAGAGAAAUCAAAUUCCAUGACGACAACAGAAUUCCUAGUUGUUCCAUCUGCUACACCAACAUCGUAUACUACACAAAACACAUCCGUUUUCAGUAACACGUUUCUAAUUUCUGUGUCAUCAAUGUGUGGAGCAACAGUGCUUGUCGUAAUUAUUGUGAUGGCAGUUGUAGUAACUUAUAGGAGGAAGAGAACUAACUUGGCAAUUGAUCGCUUGCAGAACUUACCUCUGAUAUCAUUCAAUGGCAGGGACUCACUACAAUGUCAAAGAGGUGACCACGUGGUUAUCAGAGAUGUGGAAAAGCAAUCGUUUGUUCUUCCCUGCCCAAUGCCACGAUGGUAUUUCACUCCACCUUGGACGGAUUAUCGUUGGACGUUUGAAGGGCAGACGAUUCCGCCAUCAUUUCAUAUCAAACAAACCCGUUCUCGUUUAGUAUUCCCCAAACUGUCUCAAAACCACGCAGGCUGCUACGCUUACAGAUCGGGCUCAAAGAGAGCGGCCACUCAUCUUAUCAUCAAACGAGACUUGACACCCGUUGUGACUGUCAACGGUGUUGGAAGCGUGGAGCUUUCGUUCCAUGUUUGGGGGUCGAAACAAGAGUGGCUGUACCAAUGGUUCAAGGAUGAGGCGGCAUUAAUUAGCAGACAUCAUGAGUAUGAAGGAAUAAGGAGCAAAACAUUGAAGAUUAUCACUGCAAACAGGUCAAUGGAAGGACAGUAUCACUGUCUAGCAGAAUGUCAACUGGCUAGAGUCAGGUCUCGCUCCACGACACUCAAAAUGACGAUCACUGAUCGCUCUAGAAAUGGGAUUGCAGGGAAAGAUCUUUCACAGAAAAGAGCGAGUGAAGGAAACCAACAGAAAGCAUCAGAUAUGCAUGACCAGACAGUGGUUAACAUUCAUGACGAAAACAGGAAAACAGAUUGUUGUAAUGAGAAGGUCGGCAGACUGGGUGGCAAACUAGAGCAGCAAGAACACACGAUGGUACAGGCAACUGGUACUGGUCAUGUACUAAUUAUAAAAUUUCAAUACCUACUCAACUUGUCCCCAAGCACGUUACAACAGUUGGGAAUGAAGAUGGGCAAUCACAGAGAUCAUCAAUCAUUGAUUCGUAUAGGACAAGCACUUCACAUCCCACCAAACAAACUCCAGGCAGCUCUGAUGUCAAACAAUUCUGGAGUCGUACUGCUAGAAGAGCUCACAAAUGAAAAUCCCUAUUUUCCUCUGGCACAGCUGUGUCGUGUGUUUGUGCAAUGCGAUCGACUAGACUGUGUAGACGAGUUACAGUCAAUGAUUCUAGCAGCUGGCGGAAAACUAGAUUUACCAAUGAACUUGACAACUAAUCAGAAUCAUUGA